AUGUCUCGCAAGGAAGCUCUCUCGCAGUUCAUCAAUCAAAUCCAUGGUCGUCCAGUUGUUGUAAAGUUGAACAGUGGUGUCGAUUACAGAGGUGUUCUGGCCUGUCUCGACGGAUACAUGAAUAUUGCACUGGAUCAGACGGAGGAAUAUGCAAAUGGUCAGCUGAAGAACAAGUAUGGCGAUGCUUUUAUCCGCGGCAACAAUGUCCUGUACAUUUCAACUCAGAAACGUCGAGUUUGAGAGCUCACGCGUUUUGAUGUUUCCGGAUAAGUAAAUUAAGACCAUUUUUCUCUGAAAA